AUUUUUCUAAGGACAUCAUCGCAAGGUCGCGGGGGGCAGAUGAUGAAGAUGAAUAGCAGCAGCAGCAGCUCACUAGGUGGCUUCCGAUCGUCUCUUCUGCUAAUCUAUCUAGGGAUUUUGUUCGUAUCUGCAGCAGAUUCCGCUGUGGCCUUCAAUUCAGCCUCCGCUUUUGUCCAGAAUGUCAUCUAUUCCAACAGGAUCGCCGUCUUCUCCAAAUCCUACUGCCCGUAUUCAAUACGUGCCAAGCGCAUAUUUAGUGAACUAAAUGAGCAGCCUUUUGUUGUGGAGCUUGAUCAUCGAGAUGAUGGGUAUCAAAUUCAGGAUAUUCUUCUAGAUCUAGUAGGCCAGCGUACUGUACCCCAAGUUUUUGUGAAUGGCAAACAUAUUGGUGGCUCCGAUGAUCUCAAGAUCGCACGUUCGAAUGGUCAAUUGCAGAAACUCCUUGAUAAAGAUCAGUGAAAUACUAGUGCAUGAAACCUGAAGCAUUCAUCAGAGCUGGUAAUGGUUGUUACAGAAGGAUCUCUGGAUCAUGAAGGUAAACCAGGGUGACCGCACUAGAAUCACUGUUAAUGCUUUCUCCACCUCAAAUUAAUGACAGGCUUUGCUUAAUGAUCCAUUGAUGUAUUUUGCCCUUUAAUAUCUUGGUUUCUCAUGUGGUAAAUCUUUCUG